GCAAAAAAGAACGAUAUAUCAAAUGUGUGGAAAGCGGCGUUUUCAUUGAAUUUUUUUCUUAAUUUAUUUAAUUAAACGGUUUCUACUGGCGGCAGCAUCGCAUACGCAACGACCGGUAGACGUAGUACCGCUUAAAUACAAUAUAGCAAAAUAGUGAAAUGAAUGUUCCUCCUAGCAAUGGAGCAACAGCGGUCGGCCGGGGAAUGGGAUACACGCCGCCUGCCAUAGUGCCACAGUUUCCCCCACCCGGCUUUGGUGCUCCCCCACCGCCCGAACUGGCAGCGGCAUUCGGUGUGAUGGCCUCAAACACGGAAUGGACAGAGCACAAGGCACCCGAUGGACGACCGUAUUACUACAAUCAAAACACCAAGCAAAGUUCAUGGGAGAAGCCCGAGGCACUGAUGACGCCCGCUGAGCAGCUGCACAAUCAGUGUCCCUGGAAGGAAUACCGCUCCGAUACAGGCAAAGUGUAUUACCACAAUGUGGCCACGAAGGAAACGUGCUGGGAGCCACCGCCGGAAUAUGUGGACAUGAAGGCCAAAGCCAAGGCGGAGGAAGCUGCUGCUGCAGCCAAAGCGGUGGCAGCCAUGACAUCCUCCAGCUUGACGGGACUGGCGCCGCAUGUGGCAUUGGCCAGCAUCUUGCCAGCCGCACUGCCCGCUGUUCCACGGAUACCCACGCCCGAGAUUCACUCACCGCUGACGCCGAGCAGCAACGAGAAUUCAUCAUCGGCACUCGACCAGGCCAUGGCGGCCACAUUAGCCUCCAUUGAGGUGCCGCAACCAAAUUCUAAAAAGGAUGACAAGUCAUCGGAGGGCAGUCCGCUGGUGUUCAAGGACAAGCGCGAGGCUAUAGAGGCCUUCAAGGACCUACUGCGGGAUCGCAAUGUGCCCUCAAAUGCCAAUUGGGAUCAGUGUGUAAAGAUCAUAUCGAAGGAUCCGCGCUACAGCGCCUUUAAGAACCUCAACGAGCGCAAGCAAACGUUCAAUGCCUACAAGACGCAAAAGGUGAAGGACGAGCGGGAGGAGUCGCGUCUGAAGGCCAAGAAGGCGAAAGAGGAUCUGGAGCAGUUUCUCAUGUCCAGCGAUAAGAUGAACUCCCAGAUGAAGUAUUUCCGGUGUGAGGAGGUCUUCGCGGGCAAUCGGACAUGGACUGUGGUGCCAGAAACGGAUCGACGGGACAUCUAUGAGGAUUGCAUAUUCAAUCUGGGCAAGCGGGAGAAGGAGGAGGCGCGUGUCCUGAAGAAGCGCAACAUGAAGGUGCUGGGCGAGCUGCUGGAGUCGAUGACAUCCAUCAAUCAUGCCACCACGUGGUCCGAGGCUCAGGUUAUGCUCCUGGACAAUGUUGCAUUCAAAAACGAUGUCACCCUCCUGGGCAUGGACAAGGAGGAUGCUCUGAUUGUCUUCGAGGAGCACAUACGCACGCUGGAGAAGGAGGAGGAGGAGGAGCGAGAGCGCGAGAAGAAGCGAAUGAAGCGACAGCAGCGCAAGAAUCGGGACUCAUUUCUGGCACUGCUCGACUCGCUGCAUGAAGAGGGCAAACUCACCUCCAUGUCGCUGUGGGUUGAGCUGUAUCCCAUCAUAUCCGCAGAUCUGCGCUUCUCGGCGAUGCUCGGCCAGAGCGGUUCCACCCCGUUGGAUCUGUUCAAGUUCUAUGUGGAGAAUCUGAAGGCACGCUUCCAUGACGAAAGGAAAAUCAUACGAGAGAUUCUCAAGGAGAAAGCAUUUGUGGUGCAGGCUAAGACAUCAUUCGAGGACUUUGCCACGGUAGUGUGCGAGGAUAAACGUUCAGCCAGUCUGGAUGCGGGCAAUGUGAAGCUCACGUAUAAUUCGCUGCUAGAAAAGGCGGAGGCCAUUGAAAAGGAGCGCAUGAAGGAGGAGGUGCGACGGCUGCGAAAGCUGGAGAAUGAAAUUAAAAACGAAUGGCUCGAGGCGAACGUCUCUGUGGCCGAGACCUAUGACAGUGCCAAGAAGUUGGUCGAGCAUUUGGAGGCAUUUGCUGUGUACGAGAAGGAAAUUGGUGUGGAAAAGAUCUGGGAGGACUUUAUCAAGGAGAGCGAAGAUGCGUGCAGUCAUCAUCAUUCGCGUUCGCGAAAAUCCAAAAAGAAUAAAAAGCACAAAAAGCGUGUACGAUCCACAUCGAGAUCGGACAUUGAAAACGAACUGGUUGAGGUGGAAAAGUCCAAGCGAAGGCGUUCUAAAUCCCGUUCACAUUCACUGAGCUCCAUUGGCAGCAUCGAGAGCGAAAAGCUGCUAAAGAAGAAAAAGAAGCGCAAGAACAAACUGAGAGGAUCAUCGUGUGAGUCGGAUUUGGGUGGGAAUCUGUCGCCCAGCUUGGCGUUGCUGCACAACGAUUCUAAUUCGCAUUCGCCGGCCAAGAAAAAGAAAAAGGAAAAACGUUCCAAAAAAGACAAAGAAGGCAAACGGCACAAUAGACACAAUCGCUCCACGACACCACUCAGUCCCGUCCAGUCCAUGGAUUCGGUUGGCUCACGCAACGAGGAACUAACGCUUAGCGAUGGCGAACUGGAAUCAAAGCGGGCAGCGCUUCUGGCACAACUCAAUGAGCAAAUGCUGGACGAAUGAUUGCUGCCAGCGUGAAUUUACCACCGUAGACCAUCAUAGGCAGGCAACGUGUGUGUGGGAAAACUGCUAGAUGCCUAAUGCGGGGUGUAGCUCAUUAGUUGCCUAGUUAAUGGAGGGACAGCGCCUGCUCUUCGCCCCCCACCCAGCACAAGUCACACACAGCAAAACAAACACUUAAUAUAAUUUCUUAGACGCAAUAAGUUUGGAUGUAUAAAAACAACACAAGAUUGUA